UUUGGGCUAACUCCCUCUCCCCGCUCUUUUCCCGCAGGACACUCGGAGAACUUAACCAAUGCCUUCGAGGGCUCUGCGUGGGACGUGGGCAGCAUCGCCCUGGCUCUCUACUCCGCCCUCUUCUCCUACUCCGGAUGGGACACCCUCAAUUUUGUCACGGAAGAGAUCAAGAACCCCGAAAGGAACCUCCCCCUCUCCAUUGGGAUAUCCAUGCCGAUCGUCACGGUGAUCUACAUCAUGACCAACGUGGCCUACUACACGGUCCUGAGCAAGAUGGAGAUCCUGUCGAGCGAUGCCGUGGCUGUGACUUUUGGCGAUCAGGUUUUCGGAGUGAUGAGUUGGACCAUUCCCCUCGCGGUGGCCCUGUCCUGCUUUGGAGGCCUUAAUGCUUCCAUUCUUGCCGCUUCCAGGGAGCCAUGGCUCUGAUUUAUCUUUGCGUGGAAGACAUCUUUCAACUCAUCAACUACUACAGCUUCAGCUACUGGUUCUUCGUGGGCCUGUCCAUUGCAGGACAACUGUAUCUUCGCUGGAAGGAACCUUCUAGAGAACGUCCACUCAAGUUGACCAUCAUUUUCCCCAUCAUUUUCUGCCUCUGCACCGUCUUCCUGGUGGCUGUACCGCUCUACACCGACCCUAUCAAUUCGGCCAUCGGCAUUGCCAUUGCGGCAUCUGGACUUCCGGUCUACUUCCUGGUGGUACGAGUCCCAGACGAGAAGAGACCAAACUGCUUACGGCGAGUGACGG